GCGAAAAAUGCCCGAUAAACCUACGAAACCCGAAAUGAAAAAGGACGAUGGUGCCGAACUGGAAACGCAGUUCAUAAUACGAAUGCCAAAGGAACCAGCGACUGUGCUUCGAGAAGCCAUACAGACCGGAGCAAACAAUCUAAAGGACCGCCUGUUCAUCCGGCUGGAAAAUGACCUGCGCUACGGAGAGGUUCGGCUCGAUCACUGGCUGCUGCAUGCGAAGGUUGUCGAUCUGCCGACGAUCAUUGAGUCCUUGAAAACGAUCGAUUCCAAAAAUUUCUACAAAACAGCCGACAUAUGUCAGAUGAUGAUUUGCAAGGAGGAACCGGACCAGCAGUCGGCGGAAGAGGAAUCGCCGAACAAGAACAAAAAGAAAGACCCGAAUAAGGUGGACAAAAAGUACCUGUGGCCACACGGUAUUACCCCGCCGUGCAAAAAUGUUCGUAAGCGACGAUUCCGCAAAACGUUAAAGAAAAAGUACGUCGAAGCGCCGGAAAUCGAGAAGGAGGUCAAGCGUUUGCUGCGCGUCGACAACGAAGCGGUCAACGUCAAGUGGGAACUAAUUACCGAAGAGGAAGAUCCGAACAAACCUUCGCCGGGUUCGGGCACGGAUACUGGCGCCCCGCACAAGAGCCCGUCGAAGAACACGAAAAAGAGUGGCUCCCGCAAGGACGUGGGCGAACACGACAUCUUCGGUGGCGAGGUGUCCGAUUCCGACGACGAGGAUAAUCCGAUCAACAAAAACAUCGACAUUGACGAGAGCAGCCGGCUGUCGGCCGAGGCGGACGAUAGUCGACUGUCGGACUCGAGCUCGUACCAGGGAACUCAAGGAGGCGAACGGAACACGGCGGCAAUCGAGUUCAACAAAAGUAUGUUCAGUUCAUCUAGCGGUGGUGCUGGUGGUUCCGGCGCUGGUGCCGGUGCCAGUGGUUACCGAGCAGCCCGUCGAACCGAAUCUUCGGCGGGUGCUGGCUCGAAAUCGACAUCAUUUUUCCCGGGCGAAAAUUCACGGCUUGACUCGGACAACGAAUCGACGACGGACGUACCGAAUGCCGGAGGCUUUGGCAACAGCCAGAACAGUAACGCCAACGGUGCGGCCGCCAGUGUGGUUAACAACAGCGCACGUAUCUAUGAGCUACAGCGUCAGAUGAGCGAGCUGAAGGCCCAACGCAACCAGAAGGAGCAAGAAAUUCGGACGAUCGAAAACCAAACGUUGCGCCAGCGGCUCCAGGACAAGCUCGAUAGUCUGCUGAUGGAAAUUGUGGACAAGGAGAAAGAGAUAUACGAUCUUCAAGCUGCCGAGAACCCUUUAGAUUAGUGAUGUGACCAGAGGGGUUACCACAAAAAGGGGUUUAAAUAAAAGCAAACAAUAAUAACAAUAC